AAAUAAGUCACGAAAUACCGGAUUUCUCGUUGAUAUCAACAACAUUUUAGAAUUUACGAAGUAAACCGUGAACACACCGACUCCCGUCCAACAUGGCGGCGCAUCGCAGGACUUUGAUGCAGAGUCAUCAAAGCUGGACGGAUGACCUGCCCCUGUGUCAGAUGUGUGGGGUCGGCGCCGCCCCAAACUGUGUGUACGGCCCAGAUGGCAAAGGGACUCAGAGCCACCCCAUGGAGGAUGGACACCUCAGGCUGAGAGGGGAAGAUGGCUGCUUUCUGUACGGAGUCUUCAAUGGUUAUGACGGCAGCAGAGUGGCCAACUUCGCUGCUCAGUGUCUCACAGCUGAGCUCCUCCUCGGGCAGUUAAACUCCAGUCACACAGACAGUGACGUCCGCCGGAUUCUUACGCAGGCCUUUGAUGUGGUGGAGAAGAGCUACUUUGAAACGAUAGAUGAUGCUUUGGCUGAGAAAGCUCACUUAUCCCCAUACACCCUGCCACACAACGAGAAUGUGGCGUUCCACCAGCUCACCCCUCAGAGUCAGAAGGUGCAGGAGCGCCUGAAGGAGCUGGAGCUGGAGGUGUCGGGAGGCGCCACAGCCGUGGUGGCACUGAUUCUCAACAACAAGCUUUACGUCGCCAAUGUUGGUACCAACCGAGUUCUACUCUGCAAGUCUAGCAGUGACGGUCAGAACCAGGUCCAGCAGAUUGGUCGACCUCAUAGCACGGACAACGAGGAAGAGCUGCAGAGGCUCGCCGCACUGGGUGUGGACUCUGCUCGGGUCAGACAAGUGGGUCAGAUAGCAGGACAGAGCAGCACCAGGAGACUUGGAGAUUACCGAGUCAAGUUUAACUACAAUGAAAUCGAGCUGCUCAGCUCGGCAAAGACAAAACCAAUCAUCUCGGAGCCGGAGAUUCAUGGCAGCCACUCUUUAGACGGACUGACAGGCUUUUUGUUGCUCAUGUCGGAGGGGCUGAUAAAUGCGCUGGAGUCAGCCCACGGCCCCGAACAGGUCAACCAGGAAAUAGUUGCCAUGGUAGCGGCCGAGCUGGCCCAGCAGACCAGCCUAGAGGCGGCAGCUCAGUCCGUAGUGGAACGGGUCAAGCGGCUUCACCACGACGCGUACGUGUCUGGCCGUCAGAGGGAAGCCUACAGGCACGAGGACAUGACCAUCCUCAUCCGCAUACUCAAUUACCCGUUAGCUGAUGGAGCGCUCACACCCACGCAGGGUGGUCGUAUCUACCCUGUGUCGGUGCCAUACUCUAACAGCCAGAGCACCAGUAAAACCAGUGUCACCCUCUCCCUGGUGAUGCCCUCUCAAAGUACCCUCACUAAUGGAACUAGCACUGCCUCCACCCUGGAGGAGGGCACCCCCACACCAGGCAGUCAGAGCCCCACCGCCACCCUGCAGUCCACCAACACGCAGACUCAGAGCUCCAGCUCCAGCUCGGGGGACGGGAGCCUGUUCCGCCAGAGAGGCAGCCAGGCGGCGCAGCCCGAUGAGACGGGCAGGGUUCCGCCCUACGUGGACUUCAGUCAGUUUUACCGCCUGUGGGGGAACGAGCACAGCGACGGCCAAAGCACUCAGGGAGGCCUCGGACCACAGUGAAUCAAGCAGAACCACUCCAACGUCCAAAAGACAGCAGAGACAUGCGAACUGUCGAUUUUUAGUGGUUCAAGUGAGAAAAAUUAUUUUAUUAAUGUAUUACAACAGACUAUAAACUUUGCAUGUGUGGGCAUAAAGUGCUUUUAAAGUCUUGCAGAGAUGAAGCAAUGUUGGUUCACCUCAAUGGAUGUCAGCCUUAACUGUUAAGGCAGAAAUACAUUUAAAAGUUUGGUUUUAUGAUAAAUGUAUCGCAUUUCUCCUGAAUAUAAAGAGGAAGCUGUCUAAAAGGAUCUUACACUUUGCACUAA